CUUUAGGCAUCAAUCAGCUGCUGUUGUUUAAGUGGCUACUUGACUCCCACCAUUUUGAUUGGCGUUUUGGUUUGAAGAAAUGGCUAGGACGAAACAAACCGCAAGAAAGUCAACUGGUGGCAAAGCACCGAGAAAACAACUUGCAACCAAAGCUGCACGCAAGUCUGCACCAUCAACGGGUGGUGUAAAAAAACCUCACCGUUAUCGUCCAGGGACUGUUGCUUUGCGAGAAAUCCGUCGUUAUCAAAAGUCCACUGAGUUGCUGAUACGAAAGUUGCCCUUCCAAAGACUAGUGCGCGAAAUCGCUCAGGAUUUUAAGACGGACCUACGUUUUCAGAGCGCUGCAGUUGGUGCUCUUCAAGAAGCAAGUGAGGCGUACCUAGUUGGUCUGUUCGAAGAUACAAACCUUUGUGCGAUUCAUGCUAAAAGGGUUACAAUUAUGCCGAAAGAUAUCCAGUUGGCUCGCCGCAUUCGAGGGGAAAGAGCUUAAAUUUUCAUUCUAAUAAAUGUUAACUUAAUUU